UACUAACUGUUGUGAUGGGCAUAGCAUGGGUUGGUAAUGUCCUCUUCUUUAGGAAAGAGCUUCUCUUCAUUGCAUACAUCAUGACAGUCUUCAUUGCUGCUCAAGGAAUUAUUAUAUUUAUACUUUAUGUCCUGUUGUCCAAACAAGUGAGGGCAGUAUACUCUAAAUGGUGGAAGGACAAAAAAGCUAAUUCUCAGUUUUUUAGCAUUUUUACAUCAAAAGCAUUAUUUCCUUUUCGCUCAGCAGAUCAAGCUAAAGACUUUGGAACUCAUUCAAAUAGCAAUCAUAACGAGGCAUCUCUUAAUGAGAAAUGUGAUGAAGUCAAUAACAAGGAGAUGGAGAAUCACUGUGAAGAUGAAUACCCAUCUCCCAUUGUUAUGCAAGAUUCCACUCUUGCUAAUUUAAAUGAGGAAAAUGAGGAGACUGACUCUGAUGAUUAAAUAUAAUUUUUGUCAUGUUUAAAGGUUUUUAUGUCUAUAUU